AUGACCGGGGUAGGUGACCAUGUUGUGGCGCCCGAUUUUCCCAUGAAGGCGAUGUCGGAGCAGGUGCAUGAGAUAACGACUGAGUUCGGAAGUCCGGAUCAGCCGGUAUAUGGCCAGGCGGAAGGGGCGGGCGGUACGAGCACGGGCAAGCUGGACGAGGCGGACAAGGACGGUUUUGUCUACCCGGAGGGCGGGACCAAAGCGUGGCUGGUGACGUUUGGGGCGAUGCUGGGGAUUUUGCCGACGUGGGGGAUCUUCUUCGUGGCUGGGACCAUCGAGAACUACAUUGCGCACCACCAGCUGGCGCAUGAGAGCACGUCGACGAUCUCGUGGAUUUUCUCAGUGUAUAACUGCCUGGUGUUGAGCUCGGGGAUCAUCAGCGGGCUGUACUUCGACGUCGCGGGCGCGCAGCAGCCGCUGGCCCUGGGAACGGCCAUCUUUGUCUGCGGGCUCAUUGCAACGGCCAAUUGCCAUCACGUGUGGUCGUUUGUGCUUGCUUUUGGGGUGCUGACGGGCAUCGGCUCCGGGAUCGUGACCUCCCCGAUGUUGGGCUCGGUCUGCCACUACUUCUACCGGCGCCGCGGGCUGGCCACGGCCGUUGCGAUCAACGGGGGCAGUGUCGGGGGCGCGGUCUUCCCCAUGAUGCUGGAGGCGAUGUUCCGGCGCGUGGGCUUUGAGUGGACGAUGCGCGCCAUGGCGCUGAUUGCCCUGGUGUGCCUGGCGCUGGCCUUCGUCCUUGUGCGUGCUGACCCGUCCAAGCUGAUGGUCAAGCCGCGCACGCAGAAGCCGCGCGCAGGGCCCCUGCGCCGCGUCGCGCGCACCGUGCGGGACUGCUUUGACUACAAGGCACUGGCUAACCCGGAGUACUUCUGGUGCACGCUCGCCACCAGCACCGCCGAGCUCAGCGCCGGCGCCGUGCUCACGUACCUGAGCUCCUACUGCGCUAAGGCCGGCUACGCCGAGGCCGACUCCUUCAUCGUGAUCACGAUCCUCAACUCGCUCACGAUCCUCGGCGGCAUCCUCUUCAGCGUCGUCUCCGACCACUGGCUCGGCCACUUCAACGUCAUGAUCCUGAUGAACGUCUCCAUGGCCCUGUUCUCCCUCGCCAUCUGGUUUCCCUUCGGCACCCGCGGCAGGGGCAUUAUGUACGCCUUCGCCGCGCUCUAUGGCUUCUUCUACGGUUCCAUGCUCAACCUGUGUCCAGUGUGCUGCAGCAAGAUCUCCCGCACCGACGAGUUCGGCCGCCGCUACUCUACCAUGUACGUCUUCGUCGGCCUAUUCUUCUUCGCCGGCAUCCCCAUCGCCGGCGCCAUCAUCGGCCCCGGCUCCCUGGUCCGCUACCGCGCCUUUAUCCUCUUCACGGCCGUCAUGAUAGCGUUUUCCGCGGGCUGCUUCGUUGUCAGUAAGACAUACGCCCUGCACCGCUCGCGCGACGCCCGCUCCUCUCUGCUGGCUGCCGCGCGCCACCAUUUGUUUACUAUUUACUGA